AUGCCCCUCCAAAUCACCAUCAUCGGCGCCGGCCUAGGAGGACUAUGCGCGGCAUUCCGUCUCGCCCGAGACGGUCACAACGUCACCCUCUACGAGCGACGCCCCCAAUUCGAGCCCCGUGGAGGCGGCAUCAUGAUCCGGCCCAACGCAACGAGAUUCCUCCUGCAAUGGGGUCUCGAGAAAGACUUCGAAGCCAUCUCCGACAACGCGGGAGCGACGAAUUUCCGCAAUGGAAGUGACGGCGAAUUACUGAUGAAGCGACAAGUCAUGACCUCUUCGGCCGGUGGGUAUCCCGAUUGGGGAACGAACCGGGUGGAGACGCAGAAAGCGCUCUGUAGGAGGGCAUUGGAAGCGGGAGCCAGGUUUGAGUUUGGAAUCGGUGUGGAGGAUGUGUAUGAUUCACAUGAGAAGGCUUCGGUGGUGCUUUCUACCGGCAAGACCGUUCAGGCGGAUCUGGUACUGGUGGCUGAUGGUGUGCUUUCGAGAUUGCGACCCAGAGUCAUAGGUUCUUCUCCGGAGCCGAUCUUGGGCCGGUCGACUUUACAUCAGACUGUUGUUGAUGGAGAGGACAUGCGAGCGGAUCCGGACGCCAGGGGGCUGGUUCAGAGCACGGAUCUUGAGGUUUCGAUGAUGCGACAAGGCGGACCCUAUGUCGUGAGUCGGUACAAGCAGGCUCUGGAUGUCUAUGGUGGAGUCUAUGGACUUCCGGAGGCCGACGAGAAUCCUAGGCUAUACGACGAGGUACGGAGACUCUUCACUUCAAAGCUGAUGGGAUUUACAGUGAGACUGACAAAGCAUUAGCAUGGCGAUCUCGAAAUGGUCCGCAGACACUACGUCAACUACGACGCGGCCACCCGAGCCGCGCUGAAACUGGCAAAGUCCUGUGAUCGAUGGCGCCUGACAGAAAUGCCAGACCUCCCGUCAUGGACCAGCAAACACGGCCGUCUCAUCCUCCUCGGCGACUCCGCACACGCCAUGUUCCCCUCGGCAGCUCAAGGCUUCUCCCAGAUCGUCGAAGACGUAGCCGCGCUCUCCCAUCUUCUCUCCCACCACUUCGGAUCUCUCGGUUUCCCGCGCCUGACGCAGGUCUGGCAGGAAGUCCGGAUCCCGCGAGUCAACCGCAUCAAAGCCUGGGCGCACGCGAAUGAUCGCAUCUAUAGCCAGGGAGACCAAUCUUCACCAGAGGGAGGGAAUCCGAUGGCCGCGGAGAAGAUGUCGUCGUCGUCGUCGCAAGGCGUGAGCAGGGAUCGGGAUGCGCCGUUUCGCACCUCGCGGUUUAUGAGGUGGGCUUUUGGUUACGAUGCUGUUGACGAGGUGGAUCAGUAUCUCUUGGAGAAGCCGAAGGUAGCAGUAAAUGCGAAAUUGUGA